AUGGAGAGCAAUACAGACAACGCGCAGAACCGAAUGGCGCAGGAGAGCAUUCGAACGAAGAAGGUGGCGAAGAAUUCGGGGAUGUGCAAGUACUACAGCACGAUCUUGCUGCUUCUAAUCAUUCUGAUCUUCCUGAUCAUUCAGUACAUAAAGAGCUAA